CUUGCCCCCUUGGUGGUCGAAUAUCAUCGCCGUUUGCGCAUCGCUCGCACACACAAAUACACACGCCGCCGUCACAGUUCCGAUUCCUUACGCUAGACAGCAUCAGCAUCCCAAAUUAGCAACCAUGUUCCGAGUGUUGAUCAUCGCUGCCCUGACUGCGGUCGCCGUUGCCCAGAACCCGGACGCCGAGGCGCAGGUCCUGAGCUCCGACAGUGUCGUCAACCCGGACGGCUCGUACUCGUGGACGUACGAGACGAGCAACGGCAUCCGGGCGCAGGAGGAAGGUGUUGGGGGCCAGUCGGCGCAGGGUAGCGCCUCGUGGACGGACCGCGACGGUACGCCGAUCUCGCUGACGUACGUCGCCGACGAGCGUGGCUUCCUGCCGCAGGGUGCCCACCUGCCGCGCGAGGGCCCCGUCCCGGACCACGUCCUGAAGACGCUCGAGUUCAUCCGCGCCAACCCACCGAAGGACGACCCGAACUUCAACCUGCAGGCUUUGGAGGCCGAAAUCGCCAGACUGCAGGCCCUGCAGUAAUCGGUGGGCCCUGCGACGGGCGCGCUACCUUUCGCAAGUCAUUAGAGUGAGAGAGAGAGAGAGAGAGUGAGAGGGCGACGGAGCGAUAGAAUGAGAUUUGUUGAGGCGUUUCGCUGUGACCUGUGCCCAUACUCAUUACAUCAGAUUCGCAUUCGCUACGCGCGACACAAGCUACGCAACGAAAUACACAAACAGGGAGAGAACAGAGAGUCGGUAGAGAGAACGGGAUGGGGAGAAACAGUGGGGAAAAGGAAAAGUCCAACCUGAGGCAGGAAAACCAGAAGCCGACGCCGAUCAGCGAAGAGAGGGCAAAGAAAACGAAUAUCUUUUACGGUUCUUUUCCUUUUUUUUUAAUUUCCUAUCGCUACCACCUACUGCAAAGCUGUAAUACUUUUGUACAUACUUUGGUUUAGUUCAUUUACAAACAACUUCACAAAACUGA